AUGCAACAAUCCCGAAAAGAUAAAAACUUUCCCAUUUGGUUACCGAUUAUCCGUGCAAGUGCAUUGGGAUGGUUACCCCUUUCGAAAAAUCCGCUGCCAAGAUUUUCAUUUGAAGAUUCAAACGAUCUACUAACAUCAACGAUAUACUGCAACUCAAAGUUGCGUAUAAAUGUUUCAGGUGUAAAAUUUGAAAUCCCCCGCUAUUUUGUAGACCAGUAUCCCAACACUCUUCUGGGUUCUUCAGAACGAGAGUAUUUUUUCGAUGAAGAAAACGAAGAAUACUACUUUGAUCGUGACCCUGCAAUUUUCCGAUACAUCGUAGACUUUUAUCGACAUGGUUUCCUGCACUUUCCCAAGUCCGAUUGCUUUCUCGCUUACGAAAACGAGAUGGCAUUUUUUCGGAUAUCCACAGAAUGCAUGGGUGAUUGUUGUUACGAACACUUCCAGGACUGUCGUCGGGAGCAUUCAGAACGUCUACGGGAGGGGAGGUCUACAGACGACCUGAGGUGUGUUGGCCCAACAACAUUUCGACAAAGGUUGUGGACUUCCUUUGAAAACCCAGGCAACUCAACCGCCUCUCUUGUAAUAUACUACGUAACCGGAUUUUUUAUUAUUGUGUCUGUUCUUGCAAACAUAAUUGAAACCAUCCCAUAUCCUGAAGUCUCCCCCGAUCUUUCCAGAAAAUCCAUCGGAGAUGUCUUUUCUAACGCGUUUUUUUGCCUGGACUCAGCAUGUGUCCUCAUCUUUACUGUUGAGUACUUGGCUCGGCUGUAUUCGGCGCCUAAUCGGUGGCUCUUUUUCCGAUCAGUAAUGAGUCUCAUUGACGUGGUUGCAAUUCUUCCUUUUUACAUCGCUCUUUUGCUUCCAAACAAAAAGACCCUGUCCGGGCCCUUCACAACAUUGCGAGUUUUCCGAGUGUUCCGGGUUUUCAAGUUCUCCCGACAUUCUCAAGGUCUCCGUAUCCUCGGCUACACGCUCAAAUCCUGCGCUUCAGAGCUCGGCUUCCUCCUCUUCUCCCUCACCAUGGCGCUAAUCAUAUUCGCGACCGUGAUCUACUACGCCGAGAGGGCGGUGCCUAACACCACUUUCAUCAGCAUUCCUGCUGCCUUUUGGUACACCAUUGUGACGAUGACCACUCUGGGCUAUGGCGACAUGGUGCCAAAGACCAUCUUGGGUCAACUGAUCGGCGGCACGUGCGCGCUUUCCGGUGUACUGGUGAUAGCCCUUCCCGUCCCAUUCAUUGUCUCAAACUUCUCUCGCAUCUACCAUCAAGGUCAGCGAGCCGACAAACGCAGGGCGCAAAUGAAUGCCCGCAAGGCCAGAAUUCGCAAAGGUGCGGCAUCCGAUGUCACCGGCGCUGAAGGUGGUGGUGGUGUAUUUUUCUCCCAGGAUUCCUCUGGUGCAGAUUCCGAUGCAAAUGGAGAUGCUGAAGUCUCUAUGGUCUCUUCCAUCGGUCAUCCACCCAUUCUCCGCACCACUUUUAGCUCGACGGUCCGUCACCAUUCCAUGCCACCUCAUGACAGUCUCCUGCCACCCCAGCCAUCACUUAUCUCUCCCUCACAGUUAAAAGGUGAUGUCGGUGUUAGUGGUGCUGGUGGUGAGGGCCCGCGGAAACGAAAUCAAUCCUUUGGAAGUGUCCGAUUCUUGCCACAAACCGAGUCACCAUGGCUACCGCCUCACUCCUACCAACCGACGAAACGGCAGUCGAUACUGUCGCUGGAGGAACAACGUGUCAACGGAGAUAAAGAUGAGGAUGAUACGAUGGCUCCCAUGACUGUCACUGAGGCUGGUGAUGUCGAUGACGACUCGAGGAAAGCGAAGGGCAACUGCGGAAUUCAAAUCCGUGUGGAUAAGGAAAACAGUCAGUAUGAAUCUGCGGAUCUGACUACCUCACGUCUGGGAGAGUCUGAGGUGGGUGAUGGAACAAGUAACACCCUGUCCGAUCUUGCAACGAGACACGUUGAGAAGUCAACAAUGUCCCUCUUCAUUGAUGACAGUCACGCCUCUCAACUGGCUAGCCAAAGCAAUCAAGACAGGGUCGUGGAAAUACGAUCACCUAGCUUACAGACGACGCGACGAGGCCACAUCAGUCCCAGCUGUGAAGCCGCGCAAUCUGUGAUUCGUCAACAGCAUAGGCACCUACUGAAGUGUCUCCAAAUUGUCACGGUAAUUUGA